UCAGGCUCAGCAGAUGCAGCAAUUUGGGCUCAUCUGGACCUUUAAACACCAAAGCAGCAAGUGUCGUACAAGAUUUGCCAUCAAACAUCGAAAUGCAACAUGUGACUCUCAGGCAUCACCUCCUCCUCCUCCUCGUCCUCUGUCCUCUGACCUCAGUUGACCUGGAGGAUGCGGAUGAAGUGCCGGUGGAGGUCAUUGUUGACAGCUCCCCCUGCAGCGCCACCUGUGGGCUCGGUGUGAAAACUCAAACCCUGUGUUUACUGAAAGAUGGCAAGACAGCGAUGGAAGAAGAUGUGAAAAGGAAACAUGGAGCAGAGGUGUCGAAGAAGUGUCGUGUCCAUAAGGUGUCAUGUCGGGAGUCGCUGCAGUGUGGACUCAGGACUAUGACUGUGACUUCAGGACAGAGAGUUGAGAUCGACUGUCUGGAAGAAGUCAUGGAGGCGAUGGGGAGGUUCUCCUGGAGAGUGUCCUGGCGUUACGCUCGAGGAAUAAUCAGCUCUGAUGACUCUCUCUUUACUCGCUGGGAUGCUCCUCUGCUGGACCGAGUGGUUCUGGACCCCGUCAGGGAGGAGGACGCAGGUACUUACCGCUGUGUUGUGCAGGAUGCCACCUUCCGCAGGGUGAAGAGUGUUUACUGGGGGAUCCGGGUUUUACCCAUUGGGAUUCUCAAUCUGGACUACGAAAGCUCUCUGGCCCAGUGGGACGCUACUGAAAACCAACAGAGCCAGACUGUAUCUGACCAGCAAGACCACAGGAUGAAUCUUCUUUACAGAAUGUUGAUCAGUUUGAGCCUCGCGGUCUUCGGGUUUGGACUGGUGAUGCUGGGCCUCUGCUGGACAGUGAAGAGGAGAGAGCUGAGGCAUCUUGACAAAUGAGGCUGU